CAGAGACGUUAACGUGAAAAACGUGCCGCUGUUUUUCCUUCAUGGGUGGAAAGUUCUAGCAGGUUCUAUGGAGGCCUUGGAGGAGCAGCUGAAGGUUCUGUCGGUAACCCGGCGGUCCCGUCCAGAAGAACCCACCUACCUGCUGGACGUGGCGCUGCAGCCCGGCGGCCUGCUGGCGGUUUCCUGCUCCAACUUCUCCGUCCACCUCCACGACAGAGACACUCUGCGGCCACUGGGGGAGCUUCGCGGUCACACCGGGCCAAUCUGCGGCGUCACCUUCGCUCGCUCCUCCCCUGACCUGCUGUUCUCCGGUUCUGCCGACGGCUCGGUCCGAGUCUGGGACGUCCGGCGCCGCAGCUCCGACGCUGUUCAGACGUUCAGGAGUGACGCGUCUCACAGCUUCUGCAGCUUCGACCUGAGCUGCAGCGAUGCUCUGCUGUGCGCCGGAACCGAGCAGGUGAGCGAUGAGGACAGCUUCCUGGUGUUCUGGGACCGACGGAAGCCCGGUGCCGACCCGCUCGGGGUUUACUCCGAGUCACACAGUGAUGACAUCACUCAGGUGCGCUUCCACCCCCGGGACAAGGACCGGCUGGCGUCCGGCUCCACUGAUGGCCUGGUCAACGUGUUCGACCUGAGCCGCGGCCCGGAGGACGAGGCGCUGCUCGCCACCUGCAACAGCGACUCGUCGGCCAGCGCCGUCUGCUGGUCCGGACCUGACCUGGACCAGCUGCUGUGCCUGAGCCACGACGAGGGGCUGCACCUGUGGGACCUGAGCCAGCUGGACAGCGAUGAGCCGCUCACCGUGUUCAGCGCCGCCGAUGCCCGCGGCCUGCCGCUGCUGCCAGGCGGCGGUAGCGUGGACUACCUGGUGGGUGGGCGGUGGCUGGAGGGGGCGGGGCUUCUGCUGGUGGUGGGCGGGAUGAAGAGCGGCGAGCUGCACCUGAUGCGUUGCGACGGCGGCGGGCUGCGGCUGCUGCGGAGCCUGCAGGGCGGCCACGCCUCCACGGUGCGCUGCUUCCUGUGGGACGCUGAGGGGGAGGCGCUGGUCACCGGGGGGGAGGACGCUCAGCUGUUGCUGUGGAAACCAGGAGGGGAGGAGCUAACGGCGGGGAGGAAGGAAUCGAUGAAGAGCGAAUCGGCUUUGAGACUCAAAUCCAGGCCGCACAAGAAACACAGAUACCAGCGAGAGAAGACGGCGUAGACGCUUCUGGGUCACAAACGGACUUGUCAAGUUUCAGCAUUUCAUAGUCGCUGCCAUCUUCCCAUUUUCACUGUUUUGAAAUAAAGCAGUCGACUUUAAACCUGUAGGACUCGUGUUAAGAUGUGAAUUUGACUCCAUGUUGUUUGAAUUGAACCUUUUCUGCCUCACUGACGUGAACAUAAAACACAUUAAUUUAAACCUCUGAACUCUGA